UUUCCUAUUUAGCAACAAACCAGUAAAUGUUGAUAGUGCUACUGGCAAUUAUAAAUUAAGAUAUCUAUUCUAAUUAGUGUUGUCACGUGUGUGUUUUAAUAAGGAAGUUUUUGGAAUAGUACUUGGAAAAUAAAUAAUGGCAAACCUAUUUCGAAUAUUAUUUUUCGCAUAUAUUGUUUUUUACGAAUGUACGAGUGUUUUUAUAGAUAACAAAAACUUAUUAGCAGUUGUUCAGAUCUUUAGACAUGGUCAAAGAACACCUACAGUAUUUUAUCCAAAUGACAAAUACGCUAAUCCUCGUUAUUGGAAGGGCGUAGAAAAGGGUGAAUUAACAAAUGAGGGCAAAAAACAACAAUACGACUUAGGAAAAUUUACUCGAAAAAGAUAUCAAGGAUGGUUAUCUACACGAUACGAUAACAAAGAAUUUUAUGCACAAACGACAGAUUACGACAGAACCCAAAUGUCAGCUCUUGCAAAUAUAUAUGGUCUAUUUCCUGCAAAAAACGAUCAAGUAUGGUAUCCUUUAACAAACUGGCAACCCAUUCCUAUCCAUGUAGCGGAUCUCAAGGUUCUUGCACCAUUUCCUCCUACAUCUUGUGUUGGGUACUACAGUGCGAAGGCCAACUACCUGUCAAGUAAAGAAUCGUUAGCCCUUGAUGCAAAGUAUUUUUAUGUAUAUGAAUAUCUAAAUAAGAAAAUUGCUGCUAACAUAACUUCGUAUGCCCAGAUUCAUCCUGUAUAUGACUCUCUGGAAUUAGAGCAGCAGGCUGGUCUGAAACUACCAGAAUGGGCUACGAUGGUAUUUCCGCAACCUCUGAAAUAUUUGACUACUCUGUUCUUUGAUGCUUCAUCGCAUACUAGAAAACUGCAAAGACUUACUGUAGGUUCCUUGAUGUACGAAAUCAUUAACUACUUUGAUACUAAGGCAGUAGAUCCAAAAUCAUCUCCAAAGUUCCAAAUGUAUAGUGCCCACGAUUAUACUCUUUCAGCAUUAUUAAAUACUCUCGAAGCAUACAAUUUACCCCCCUACAUAGAAUUUGCUAGUAGUGUCUAUAUAGAACUAAGAAAAGAUGAAGGACAGCAUUAUGUCAACAUAUGGUUUAAAAACGACCCUGAAAAUAUGGAAAAAAUUAUCAUUAAGGGAUGCACAUUUAAUUGUCCCUUAGAGACUGUAAAGGUAUUAUUAAAGGAUAUUCUUGUAGAUGUAAGUACAAAAGAAACCGAGUGUAAUACUAUUAUACCAUUUGUCAGCGAAGUAGCAGCAACAGUUUUUGAAAAAAUGAUAAAACAUUAUGGAAAGCCAAAAUAGAGAGGACGCAAGAUUUUUAGCCUAAAUAUGUAAAUGUGAUUUUGUUUUAAUAUGUUGAUAAAUAAAUUUUAUUGUAU